CCGGCAGCGCCAGCCAUGUCGAUGCUGCCGUCGUUUGGUUUUACGCAAGAGCAAGUGGCGUGCGUGUGCGAGGUUCUGCAGCAAGGCGGGAACCUGGAACGCCUGGGCAGGUUCUUGUGGUCGCUGCCCGCCUGCGAUCACCUGCAUAAGAACGAGAGCGUGCUCAAGGCCAAGGCGGUGGUCGCCUUCCACCGCGGCAACUUCCGCGAGCUCUACAAGAUCCUGGAGAGCCACCAGUUCUCGCCCCACAACCACCCCAAACUGCAGCAGCUGUGGCUGAAAGCGCACUACGUGGAGGCCGAGAAACUUCGCGGCCGACCCCUGGGUGCCGUGGGCAAAUAUCGGGUACGCCGAAAAUUCCCGCUGCCGCGAACCAUCUGGGAUGGCGAGGAGACCAGCUACUGUUUCAAGGAGAAGUCGCGGGGCGUGCUGCGGGAGUGGUACGCGCAUAACCCCUACCCCUCGCCGCGGGAGAAGCGGGAGCUGGCCGAGGCCACCGGCCUCACCACCACCCAGGUCAGCAACUGGUUUAAGAACCGGAGGCAAAGAGACCGGGCCGCCGAGGCCAAGGAAAGGGAGAACACUGAAAACAAUAACUCCUCCUCCAACAAGCAGAAUCAACUCUCUCCUCUGGAAGGGGGCAAGCCGCUCAUGUCCAGCUCAGAAGAGGAAUUCUCACCUCCCCAAAGUCCAGACCAGAACUCGGUCCUUCUGCUACAGAGCAAUAUGGGCCACGCCAGGAGCUCAAACUAUUCUCUCCCCGGCCUCACGGCCUCCCAGCCCAGCCACGGCCUGCAGGCUCAUCAGCACCAGCUCCAGGACUCUCUACUGGGCCCACUCACCUCCAGUCUGGUGGACUUGGGUUCCUAAGUGGGGAGGUACUGGGGCCUUGAAGGGGGUGGCGACAACUGGGGACACUUGUACAUAGAAGUCAGGAACAACUUCGCAGCUUGUUUCUGGGGUUCUUUGCGCAUAAAGGAAUGACGGGCUUUCACAAACGUCUUUUUAAAAAUUACAACCAAGAGCGAUCUCAGUCCAGCAUAGGCCCCCUCCUCUCUCUUAAUGCUCUUCGCAUUUCCCCUCCCACUGAAAGGUCAGGAGACCAAAGCACCUCGUCUUGGUCCUAGGCAACCCAGGCAUCCAUUUC